AUGAAGGAGGCGGUUGCAGUGACUUUCAGUCUUCGUCGUCGUCGUCGUCGUCCUCCUCCUCCUCUUCCUUUCCUCAAGGUAUAUUCAAACCUGGAUUUUUCAAAAGAUUGCGUUGAGCCUCCAGUCGUGCCGAGGGACGACUUGCUUUACCUUCAAAAGGAGGUUGGAGAGCAUCCAAACAAAGCAGAGAACACACCUUUUACCAACGAGGAGGAUCAAUUGGACCUCAACGAUCUGAACGGCGAGGGUACCGUCAAGGAAACCGAAGGUUUCUCUCAGAGCACCUUCAGUGAGCAGAUUGACUCGCCCACACCAUCGAUAGAGGAGGACUUCCUCCCACCAGCACCUCCUAUGAAGUCGGAAUUUCCGCCCGAAGAAGGUCUCCAAGAGGAGCCUGAGUUUCAGGAGCACUUUUACCCUGGAGAGGAUUUUAAUGCCGAUGGGCUUGCUCCUGAUCAUUUUCAAGAAGACGUACCAGAAGAAGGAGAAGAAAGUAAAGAGCAUUUUGAGGAUCAGGAACCUUUUGAAGCUCGAGAACAUCACGAGAGACUAGAACAGUUAGAGAAUCAAGAAUAUUUUGAUAAUCAGGAAAAUUUCGAAGGCGAGGUUCUCCACGAGGUACCAGAACAGCAAGAGGAACAUUUUGGGGAUCAGGAGCAGUCCGAAAACGAAGAGCAUAUUGAGAGCAUGGAAUUGCACGAGAGUCAAGAAAAGUUCCAGAAUCCAAGUUAUUUUGAGAACCAGGAACACUACAAGGACCAGGAAUACUGCGAAGAGGAGAAGGAACCGGAGGUAGAAUCUGAGCUACCAAUCGAACACCCAUCCCCGCCAGAACUCCUCCACGCAAGCGAGCAGGUAGAGCAUACUGACCAUCUUUUGGAGAAUCCAGAAGGCCACAUUGAGACUCCUCAAGACACUGAUAUUUUGGACAAGGCUCACAUGAACCUAGUCGGUGAAACAGAUCAAUUUACGGUGGAAAAACAGGAGUCAACACCUUUCCACUCCAUAGCAAGAAUUGGAGCAGGGGAAGCAGAAAUAGAUGACUUUCAGCCUGAGGCUUCAUUGGCUUCAAGUGAACACCCGGCGGAAUGGAACAGGCACACAGCGGAUGCAUUGGAUAUUGCAGUUAGCGAACAACCCAUAGUGCCACAGCCGCCUGUUAUGCAUAUUAAAGAUGCAGUCCAACAGGAGGCGAAACCUUCUUUCCACGAUAUCAAAAAGAAUUUGGAAAGGAGAAAGUAA